UUCCGCGGUCACGCUGAUUUCCGUCGGUGCGCGUGUGUGUGUUUGUGUUAGGGUACGGAUUGAGCAGUGACCCGGGUUGAAGUUGAACCAAAGAGCGAAAGUGUCAAGAAUCGAAAUAGACGCAAAUAUUUACCAAUCCACAAAUUGUUCUUUGACAGUAUUUCGUAAUGUCUGAUCUUGGAAGUGGAGAUGAAGGCAUCUCAGGAGGAUCAAAAUAUAAUGUUGCUAACAUGGAGGGUUCCUCAAGCAGAAACGAUUUCGAUUCUUCUGGCAAAGGUGGCGGUACAGUGGAACAGGAACUGGCUACAAAGAUGCUUCAAAUACAAUCCAAGCGAUUCUAUCUAGAUGUAAAACAAAAUCGGCGCGGGCGUUUUAUUAAAGUAGCAGAGAUUGGUGCUGAUGGCAGGCGAAGUCAAAUAUAUUUGGCCCUUUCAACUGCUGCCGAAUUUCGAGACCAUUUAUCAUCCUUUAGUGAUUACUAUGCAUCACUAGCUGGUCAAAACACAGGCCCUCCGAACACAGACAAUUUGCCGGAGGAUGGUAAAUUGAAGUCCGAGAUGAUGAUCAAAGAUUACAGAAGAUAUUAUUUGGAUCUGAAGGAGAAUGCCCGUGGCCGUUUUCUUCGGGUAUCACAAACCAUAACAAGGGGUGGACCUCGAUCGCAAAUCGCACUACCAGCUCAGGGAAUGAUCGAGUUUCGAGAUGCGCUCACAGACUUACUGGAAGAGUUUGGUGCUAAUGAUGGAGGGUUUAAAGGGGAUUUGCCCGAAGAGCGUCAUAUGAAAGUCGAUAAUAAAAACUUUUACUUUGAUAUUGGACAAAAUAAUCGUGGAGUCUAUAUGCGGAUAAGUGAAGUAAAAAAUAAUUUUCGAACCUCAAUUACUAUCCCAGAGAAGUGCUGGAUACGCUUUCGUGAUAUUUUUAAUGAUUACUGCGACAAAAUGAAGAAAACGUCCGACCCAACCACUGCCGACAUUAAUCUACCGACAUCUGCAAGUAGUCUUAAAUAAAGGGUUUUGGAGAAAAGCAAUUGUAAACGAUGCGUGCAAAAUUCUUGGCUCCUAACACACGCGAGAGCUUAUCAAAAGUGAAGCAAAUUAGUAAGCUUGCAAAGUUCAAAAGAACUAAACCUUAAAAUAUGUGAAUGUUUCAGCUUCAAAAGAAAAACAAAAACAAUAUACAUAUAUAUGAACACACACACACACACACUAGCAUUUAGCGAAUGAUGUAUUAGUACUUCUUAGUUUAUGUAUUAUAAUAUAGUUUAACUAAAUUGACUAGCGUUAAAGUAGAGACAAUUUGAACCCAACAAACAACCAACUCAAACACAAUCGAAUGAAUUAACUUGUAUGUAUACCUCAGCCAAGCAACUUUAUUGUUAUUGAUUGAUAGAAAUGAAUGAGGAUGCUUUAAGGCAUCUGGAAAAUGUAAAAAAAUAUUUAUUUUUGUCUAUGCUUUGACUUGAUUGAUUUAUUUAUGUAUCUAAAAAGAUGUACAUAUGUAUGUACGUCUUAACGUCGCUUUGGCCGAUAAUAGAAACAAGCCAUGGGAUACGUUUCACGAGAUAUGUAUCUCAUGAGAGUAUUUACAUCCAUAUGUUGCUAUUUAAUAUUUUAUGUCGCAAUCUUAAUCAGGUUAAUGCCACUUCGAAACUUUAAUAGUAAAUACAUAUGUACGUUGCAAAUUGUUAAAGCUUCUAGAAAUAAUUUGUUAAAUAUUACAAUAUAUGUAUCUUAAAAUAACUCCUAAAAGCGUUUUUAAAACAAAAGUUUCAAUGUGAUCACGUAGAAUAAAAAUUCUUAGAUACGAUAAAAAUGCAUAGCAAUUAAAUUAUGAAUACAUAACUCGAUAGUGCAACACAGACCCAUCCACAUCACAAUUGUUGGUCGCAGGUGUGUUAUAUUUUAGAGCAAAAACCAACCGAGUCCUAUAUAUAAUUAUAUUACACUGACAUUAAUGUGUAUGUAUGGAUCGGAUAUCUGCAUACGAGUAUAUGAAUACAUGGAUGCAGCGUAAAAAAUUAAUUAUUUAGUCUUUAAUGUGUAUGACUUUUCCGCUUUUAAGUCAAAUGAGAAUUGACAUUGAAUUUUUAUCGUAAGAUUAUAAAACGGGCGCUACUUCAUCGCAGAAAAG